GAGCCCGAGGACGUUGGGAGGAAUUGUUCUCUCUGAGAAUGACUCCCACCAGCGAAAUUUGGGGUUGAUUCGGGGUUUACUUUUUUCCCCCUUUCGUGGAAAAAAAAACCCCACUGACAUUUAAACUCCGUUCGGUAGAAGUCUGGAAACUUUAGCAAACCGACGAAAGGACCCGUGCCAGGUUUUUCUUCCCUUUCUGCUUUGUGAGCUGGCAUGGCAGCUGUGCCCUUUGAGUUGGAAGGUCUUCUGUUGAGUUGGCAUUCCCUAGCCUGGAAUUUCACGUCGCGAGUCCUGGGCGCUGACCGGUUGAGGCAUCUCCAGAUCGUACGCCUGAUGCUUAAACCAUGGUGCAUCUCCAGAGCUGUGUACCAGAUGACAGAGGGCCGAAGGUGUCAGGUUCACCUCCUUGAUGACAGGAAGUUGGAACUUCUCGUGCAGCCCAAACUUCUAUCCAAGGAGCUGCUAGAUCUGGUGGCCUCCCAUUUCAACCUGAGAAAGGAAUAUUUCGGAAUUGCCUUCACUGAUGAGACGGGCCAUUUGAAUUGGCUUCAGUUGGACCGCCGAGUGCUGGAGCAUGAUUUCCCAAAAAAAUCUGGAUUGGUUGUUUUAUACUUCUGUGUCAGGUUCUACAUUGAGAGCAUUUCUUACCUGAAGGAUAACGCGACCAUCGAGUUGUUUUUCCUGAAUGCCAAGUCCUGCAUUUACAAGGCAACUGAUUGGGUUGACAGCGAAGUGGUGUUUGAGUUGGCUGCAUACAUCCUACAGGAAGCAAAAGGAGAUUUUUCAAGCCAUGAGACUGUAAGGACGGACUUGAAGAAAUUGCCAGCGCUUCCGACCCAGGCCCUCAAGGAGCACCCGUCUCUGGCUUAUUGUGAGGACCGGGUGAUUGAGCAUUACAAGAAGCUAAAUGGACAGACAAGAGGCCAAGCGAUUGUCAAUUACAUGAGCAUUGUAGAGUCCCUUCCAACCUACGGAGUCCAUUAUUAUGCAGUCAAGGAUAAGCAGGGGAUCCCGUGGUGGUUGGGACUCAGCUACAAAGGAAUCUUCCAAUAUGACUAUCACGACAAAGUGAAGCCAAGGAAGAUCUUCCAAUGGCGCCAGCUGGAGAACCUCUAUUUCCGCGAGAAGAAAUUCUCCGUGGAGGUGCAUGACCCACGCAGGGCGUCGGUGACCAGGAGGACUUUCGGACAUAGUGGAAUUGCUGUGCACACUUGGUACGCCUGUCCUGCCUUGAUCAAGUCCAUCUGGGCUAUGGCCAUCAGCCAACACCAGUUUUACCUGGACAGGAAGCAGAGCAAGUCCAAAAUCCAUGCCACCAGAAGCCUGAGUGAAAUCGCCAUUGACUUGACGGAAACUGGGACUCUGAAGACCUCCAAACUUGCCAACAUGGGCAGCAAAGGGAAGAUUAUCAGCGGCAGCAGUGGGAGCCUUCUGUCAUCAGGUCAGUCCCCAAACUCUCUGAGUUCCACCCGUAAUGCAACGCGGACUAAAUGCAAACUUCCAUCUCCCCGCAGGAGCUACAGCGAGAGUUGCUACCUGGAUUCUGCCCUCUAUCCAGAGCUCUCCGACGUCCAGUGGUACGGGCAGGACAAAGCCAAGCCUGGGACUCUAGUCUGACUUCAGCUGUUCCGAUGCAUCCAUGCCAUUUUUGGGGGGGUAAAAAAAAAGAAGAAAAUCACCUCACUGCCUCUUCAUUUGCCUUAUCCAGCUGCCCGACACACCACCGAAAAGCACUUUUGGCCACCGGACAAGUGAAGACGGUUAUCCCCGAAGGAGCAAUUGUCUCCGUAGUGCAAAUCCCCCCCCCAUGCACACACACACACCAUUCUUCAGUCCCCGGUUCUGCACACACGCACUCGUUCCUCCCACCCCACCCCCGCGGGUGUCAAGGCGAGAUAAUCUGGGUGACCAAUCCAAACCUUUCCUGGGUUACCCUCAGCGCGCAAAAACGUAUAUAUUCCGGCGUGAAGCGGUGAAAUUGAAAAUUCCCGUUUUGAAACGCAAAACGCAAAGCGGGCGUGAAGAAGGAUGGCAAACGCCCGUUUUUGGUCGAAGGCAGGAGAUCUGGCCACGCUUGGUCUCCAGAGACGAGUGAGAAGAGGGUCAAAGAUUUUGGUAACUUGCCCGAAGGACUCGCUUUUCUCUCAAAUGGGGCGUUUUUCUUAAAGAAGCAGCAAUAGUCUUUGUGAUGCUCUUUUGAGGCCCGACAAACCUUGAACCAUUUUAGAUCAGGGAACGUAUUUGCUGAACAAAACUCCGCAUUGGUGACAGGAAAGGCAUCUGGCCAUUAAACACUCUGCUAGCUCCA